AUGGAGGAAAGGGCGAGAUCAUCUCUGACUAAUGGAGCAAUCUUAUUAGAGGAUCUAAUUGCUUCUACUAAUGGGAAAUGUAAUCCCAUUCGCCAUUUCUAUGCGGACGAGCUCAUAAUAGCAACAAACAACUUCGAUCAACAUCGCAUUAUACAAGAUUUUCCAUACCAUCACGGAUGUGUUGAUGAGCUUGAUGAUUAUCCUGCAGUGAUCCGUCAUGUUAUGUAUAAGGGUUCUUUCCAUGAUCGCCCAAUUAUAGUAAAGAAGUUCACGGGUAUUUUACGGGAGGAUGAAAUUAGGUCACAUGCUAUUCGUGACAUUGUCAUUACAACCCAGAUGAGCAACCACAAGAAUGUUUUGAAACUCACAGGCUGCUGUUUGGAGUUCCCUAUACCGGCUCUUGUGCAUGAAUACGCAGCAAAUGGAGCUCUUAAUGAUCAAGGAGGAGCUUGCACAUGCACUUACAUAUCUCCACACCGCUCUUCUCAGGAUAUAAGACCCACCUUCAUUUUCUUGGACCAUAACUUUGUUCCUAAAUUCUGCAACUUCUCAAACUCCAUAACAAUCCCUCCUGAGCAAUCUCAUGUAGGUGAUGGCCUGAAAGGAACGUUUGAUGGGUACUAUGACCCUGAAUAUUUAAAGUCUGGCUCCCUUACAGAGAAAAGUGAUGUCUACAGUUUCGGCGUUCUUCUACUUGUUUUUUUAACUGGGAAAGGGGCUAGACUUUUAGAUUGGGCACGGGGCUCAAUAAUUGGAUAUGCGAGACAAAAUGCUGGAACUGAUGGGCUAAGGGAAAUUGUGGAUCGGAAAAUUUUGAGAGAGCGUGGGGGAGAUAGGCAAGCAAGGCAAAUCGAAGCUUUCUUAAUUAGCUCUAGCAUUGGCAUGCACACGUGA